AUGACUGCCCUGUGGCUGGUGCUACUGGUGAACUUGUCUACCUUUUUCCUGGGAGUCUUCAUCUGGGCUGUCAUUCAGCACUUUCUCAUUGCGGAAAUUCCCUCCGCCUUGCAGCAUCCGGUCAAGUUCAGGUGUAUGCACUGUAUAGCGCUGUUCUUAAUUACCAUGGGAAAUAUAUUAGAGAAGCUGAAAAUUUGCUCCAUGCCCAGGUUCAUCCAGUGUAUUCAUGACUUAGCAGCCAUAAAGAAGAAUCAUAAUUUGAUGGUGACCAACAUGUACUUUGGUACAAUCCCUGUGAGACUAUUCCAGCCCAAGGCAGUGUCCUCCAAACUCCGAAGAGGUAUCAUUUUCUACCAUGGAGGAGGAACCAUAUGUGGUAGUUUGGACAGUUACCACAACCUGUGCAGCUUCCUGGCCCAGGAGACAGAGUCGGUGGUGCUGUCAGUGGGGUACCGCAAGCUUCCUGACCACUGUUACCCUUCUAUUCACAAUGAUUGCCUGAAUGCCACCAUUCACUUCAUGAAGGGCCUAAAAUCCUAUGGGGUAGACCCCUCCCGGGUGGUAGUUUGUGGAGAAAGUGUUGGAGGUGGUGCUGUGGCCAUUGUCACCCAGGGCUUGCUCAACUUCCCAAGUCUUCCUAAGAUCAGUGCUCAGGUGCUUAUUACUCCAGUUACACAGAUCAUCGAUUUUCGAUUGCCAUCACAUCAACAGAACCAAAAUGUUCCAUUCCUCACCAAAGACCUACUCAUGACGUCUGUGUGUAAAUACCUGGACAUUGACUUAUCUUGGAAAGAUGCCAUAGCUAGUGGCACCAGUGUUCCCCCAGACACCUGGGAAAAGUACAGGAAAUGGCUCGCUUUUGAUAACAUCCCCAGAAGGUUCAAGAGCAAAAGCCUUCUGCCCGAGUUUCCAGGACAUUUCAAUGAGGCUGCCUAUCUGGAAACCAGGCAUACUUUAAAAGCAGAAAUUUCACCUCUCCUAGCAGAUGACCAGAUCAUUGCUCAGCUUCCCCAGGCAUUCCUGGUGAGCUGUGAGAGUGACCCCCUCCGUGAUGAUGCCUUGCUCUACAAGAAGCGCCUUGAAGAUGCGGGUGUCCCUGUGACCUGGUACCAUGUGGAGGACGGCUUUCACGGAUGCAUCAUUUUGUUUGAUAAGCAGCCUUUCUCCUUUCCCUGCUCCAUGAAAAUUAUAAAUGCUGUCAUCAGUUAUAUAAAGGGCAUAUGACUGUCACUCUGGAAUCUAAGGGUGGAACAAGAACUGACAAGAUCCAGCGUUACAACUAGCAACACUCUCUACUGCUUGAUUUACUUGAAAUUAAUGUCGAAGUGGAAAGAAAAGUCUUUCUUUGAAAUUUUCUGAAAGCCUUAACAAAGAGGUUGUGCAGAACCACCAUUUGGUCACAGCAUCACUGCUGAGUGCUUCCAUGACAACGUAAAGAAAGGGUUUUUCUUGUUGUUGUUUGCCCCAAGACCAAAUUCGCAGCAUUACUUGUAUUGCCUUUAUCUGUCUUAAGAAACGUAGUUUCAUAGACUCCCUCCUUAGAAGAUGACUCUUACACUGAAUUGUGGGAUGACAUUAGUGGGAACAUUCAUUUAUUUAUUGAUAUUUCGGAGACAUAUUUAAAAUUUAAAUGACACAGAAAGUAAUAAUAAAAUAAAAGACAAUUUAAGGCAAUGUACAAAAACACGUGGCAAAAUCGAAGAUUCAGAAAGCCUAUAGAGUCAGAUACAGAAGUCCAGGCGUAUGACAUGACUGUUAGUUAAACUGAAGACAACUAAAAUACAACAUAUUAAAAGAGCUUUAGAGUUAUAGUGUGUACAUGUACAUGGCAGAAAUAUUCUUUUCUUGCUAAUUCUCACUUGGAAUCUUUACAAAGAUCAUAUUUUUCAUGAGA